GCAUAGGUACGGCACGGAACGAGAGAGCAGUCCAGCGACAUCGCGUUCCGAAUCACCCCACCAGGAACAGCAGAGGAGCGCCGGUGGGCACAGAGAGAGUGUUUGUGGGACGGAGAAAUUCAUACACGGCCCUUUUUUUCUGUUAAAUAACUUUAGUGUAGUGCCGUUAGCCACACGCGUGACUGCAGUAAUUUAUUAGCACGUUGGGUUUUUGUUCUUUCGAAAAAAAAUUUCAUUCUCAUUGCUUUGCCGCUGUGCAAUCCUAAACUCACAAUCCUUCAAUGCUGUCAGCGCGAAAUUGAAAUAUAUUUGAAGUUAUAUUUGAAAUUGCAUUGGCAAUUCUCCUAAUCGAACCUCGUCGCAAUUAAACCAUCGUUGUCUGUUUGUAGUUUAAACAAAAACAGCGGCAACAAAAUCAGGACGCCUGCUACAUUUCGCGGGGACGAACAAACCCACCGCCGGUUUACGCUGAACACAGAGACAGAGAGGGUAUCGGCCAAUCUGCCCCCCCUCCCACCGCUGCCCUCCUUACAGCCUCCAGAUCGUCAAAUCUUGCGCGUAACCGAGGAGUUUCCGCCGCAACCCCCUCCAAAACAACAACAGCAGCAGAAACAACAAAAACAGCAGCAGCCAUGGGCCAACAUCAAAUGGGCAGGGAGGAGACGAUCCCGGGCGGGCAGGAGAUGGGAGUGGCGGAGCUUCAGGAGUGGUACAAAAAGUUCGUGGUGGAGUGCCCAAGCGGGACGCUCUUCAUGCACGAGUUCAAGCGCUUCUUCGGCGUCCAGGAGAACGGCGAGGCGGCCGAAUAUCUGGAGAACAUGUUCCGCGCGUUCGACAAGAACGGGGACAACACGAUCGACUUCCUCGAGUACGUCGCCGUGCUGAACCUGGUGCUACGGGGCAAGCUGGAGCACAAGCUUAAGUGGACCUUCAAGAUAUACGACAAAGACGGUAGUGGCUGCAUCGACCGCCAGGAGCUGCGCGAAAUCAUCGAGUCCAUCUACAACAUGAAGAAAGCCAUCAAUCAGCAGGAUGAGGGGCCCCUUCUCUCUCCGGACGAAGUCUGCACGCGCAUAUUUAGGCUCAUGGACGACAACGAUGAUGGCGAGCUGUCACUUGAGGAGUUCCUGGAGGGUGCGCGGAAGGACGCGUGGGUACUGCGGAUGCUUCAGCUCGAAAUCGACCCCAGCAUCUGGCUCAGCGAGACUCGACAGAAGAACACCAUGCUGGAGCAGUGAAACUGCCUUGCCCUUCCCUGCCCUCUCCUCUCCCACCAUGCCCUUCCCUGCUCUCUCUUCCCUACCCUCUCCUCUCUCAUCAUGCCCUUCCCUACCCUCUCCUCUCUCAUCAUGCCCUUCCCUGCCCUCUCCUCUCCCACCAUGCCCUUCUCUGCCCUCUCCUUACCUGCCCUCUUCUCUCGCAUUAUGCCCUUCUCUUCUCUCUAACAUAAAUAUAUAGAAGGGCUAACAUAUAUAACAAUGAGCCUUCUUUAGAAGUAAUGCACGUGUUAUUGACUGAAAUUGUACCCUACUAUAUAUUUGCCUGCUAUAAGACAGUGUUAAUGACCAGUGUUUGUUUAUUAGACAGGCAAGAAGAUGCACAAACAUUUCGGAGAGAUUAUUACUGUUUGAACCAAUAUUACUCUCGAAAAGAAUUGCUGGCUACAGGCAUAUAAUUAUGUAUUAGAUCAUUCAAAUGUAUGCUCACGCUCGCAAUUCAUCCAUUCCAUCGUGCAUGUAACGAUUACUAUUUACUAUUUAAAAAAAUAAAUGCUCAUGUUAAAUGUAGACGAAUGGGAUGAGCAAAACAACACGCAUGAAACAAGAAUGUACGGGGACAGACAGACAGAUGAGACGAAAUAAAAACCAUUCUUGAAUCAAACAGCAAUUCCAAAUCAUGACAUUUCAUCACAUUGAACAAGAGGUGGGUUCUUCCAUGCUCAUAAAUGGCCAGGAAUCUUAUUGUGUGACCUUUAAAAAUAGCAAACAUCCAAACCCGUGACUUUCUUUU